AUGAAUUAAUAGAAGAAACAUGAAGGAUUUACCUCGGAUGAUUCAGUCGACGAUAUGAGUGUUUAGAAAAUUGAAUCUUCUAAUCGACAAUCAACAAUCAGAUGCUCAAAUUAAAAAUCAUCAGAUGAAAGUAUAACAGAUAUGAUUAAAAAGAUAAAAAAAUAAAUAAACAAGAAACAAAUAUGGAAAAGUAAUUAAUAUAUAUAAGAGGGAAGAAAGAUAGAAGAAUUCGAUUUUGAAAUUUCGAAUCUCUAAUAAGAACUCGAAUUAUUGAAAGAAAGUCAUAAUAAAAAGAGAAAGAAUAGAAUAAAUAGGAAUAGAACUUAAAAAUUAAUUAAAACUAUAUUCUUAAUGAAAUUCAGAAGAUGA